AGAACCUGCCCGUUAAAUAAUUAUAAUUUAAUUUGUUUUAUUUUAAAUAUUUUGUUUUAAUAGUGUUUUGAGUUAAAAAUGUUUGUUCAACGUUUUAUAUAUAUUUUGGCUUUCGGAUCAUAUUUCGUCAGUGGCGUUCCAUCUUAUAUGGCAGAUAGCGAUUAUUCCGCGUAUUACGAUGAAAUCAACUGGGAUAUUUUGACUGAUGAUAUAGUUAAUUACAUUUUAUCGAGCACUUCAACAAGUACUUCAACCACAACAACGACCACUACAACAACUCCGCGCCCAACGACAACGACCACUACAACAACUCCGCGCCCAACGACAACGACCACUACAACAACUCCGCGCCCAACGACAACGACCACUACAACAACUCCGCGCCCAACGACAACGACGUCUACAACAGAACGGUACCCAUGGCAACGAUACACAACACCAUGGAACCGAUGGCUACAAACAACACCAACUCCACGUCCAACAACAACCCUACGUCAAACAACAACCUCACAGUCAACAACAACACAGCAAUCAAAAUAUGGAAAUGCUAGUGGUGUCGAUCCGAAACUCGUUUAUCUACCAUUGAUAGGCGUACUGGUUAUUAUAAUGUUGAUUGUUAUAUACAUUAUAACAUCGAUAUUAACCAGGAAAUACAGGGGAGCUGAUAAUAUUAACGUUCUAUGGAAUAAUUUCAAAGGCAGAUUUACUAGUCGUAACCGAGACGAAACAAAUCCACCAGAAAGUACAACUGAAGAUAUAGAAGCUAAAUAUACAAGUAAAAAUAUAGACAACGUUGUUGUAAAUUGCAAUGAAACACAAAAUAGUGUUGUAUGUUAAUUUGUCGACAACAAAGUCACGUCCAACAACAAUACAACAAAAAGAAGGAAUGUAUGAUAGUUAAUAAUACAUAGAUAUUAACCAGGAAAUACAGGGGGAAUUGAUAGUAUUGACGUUCUAUCGAAUAAUUUCAAAGGGAGAUUUACUAGUCGUAACCGAGACGAAACAAAUCCACCAGAAAGUACAACUGAAGAUAUAGAAGCUAAAUAUACAAGUAAAAAUAUAGACAACGUUGUUGUAAAUUGCAAUGAGACACAAAAUAGUUUUGUAUGUUAAUUUGUCGACAACAAAGUCACGUCCAACAACAAUACAACAAAAAGAAGGAAUUUACGAUAGUUUAUCUUUGUAUGUGUCUUUUAAUAGGCGAUUAAAUAAGAAACAUACGUACAUAUCAAGCAAAUUAAAAUGAAUGUCUCAUUUUAAAGGGUUUUUCGGACAACAUGGGUACAGUGACAGUUGCCUUAUGACGUUCAUAAUACGCACUAUAAUCGUGAAUCGCGGCGUACGAACUCAUCACUUUCAAGAGUGAAACGAACCCGCACCAUGCUAUCUGAAAAACACUUUAACUUGCACUUCAAGUGUGCUUCAUUUAAAAUAUAUCGGAAGCGCAAGUAUGCAGUAUUCUUGUAUUUAAAGGGGAUGCAACCUCGCCUCGGGAACCCAGGUAUACACACGUAUAAAAUAUAUGGAGUAGUAAUUAAGUAAAUAUAUGGAGAUGAUAAUAUGUUAAUAUAAUAUAUUUUUCACUACUCUUGCUCAAAAACACUGUCAUAUUACCACUCCACAGCGGGGCUAAACAAGCAUAUUAGCCUCUAGGGGCUAAAGUAAUUUUUUUUUAAAUUCUUGUCUGUUACGAGUACUAGCCAAGUACUAGCUAAUGGAGGAGGUUUUAUUCGAAAAUAGAAUCAUUAUAGGUAAGGCCCCGAUUGUUUCAAAAAAUAAAUAAAAAACUUUAAAUUGGAAUGAAAUGCGGCGUUCUUGUCUAUGGAAUGCGUUUAUUUUUUUAUUUAAUAUUUUUUGAGUUGAGAAUAGACCGACAUUUGAAGACAUGGGACAUCCGAGCGACAAGCAGAAUUUAAAAAACAAUUGGCGUGAAUAAUACACACUUGAUUUUUUUCCGAAAUUCAUUGUAAAUUUGUGACCGUAACUUACAUAAUAUUUUUCAACAAUAAUUGUUAUUGUUGUCUUCAUCUAGUGAGAAUCCUAAUUUGGAGAUGGAUGAAAUUUUCAAUCUGUUACCAUCAAAGUCGAGACGCAUUUACUUAAAUACUUACCUACGAUACCUACGAAUACCUACGAAAAAUUUAAUAAGUGGAGAAAACAACAACGGAUUCACUUACGAAAGGAGUUUUAUAAAAACUAUUAUCUCCCACGUUUACCUCGCAUGCUCAUUAUUCAUCUUUACAGUAGUCGGAAAUUAUGUUACCGGGUAAAAGCAUCUCCCUUAAUAUCCAAAAUUGUAGACUUUGAACAUUUAUUUUUCAAUUAAAAUAAAUCAUUGAACAUUGUACUAAACUAUUUUAUUUUCUCGCAAUCGUAGUGAAAAGCAGAGUGUAACACGUGGGGCUAAACCCAUUAUAAACUCGGUUUCUAUUUAGGCGGCCCUCGCCUUACGUCUCGGGGCCUAAAAAUACCUCGUAUAUAAUGGGUCUUUUUAGCCCCUUGUAUAACAAUCUACUAUUUUUUUAAAUUUGCCGUUUCAUUUCAGUCUCUCCUUUAUUGAGCCAAACUUACAUAACAUGAAAAAGGAGUCGUAAUAUUUUUCUAUGGCAACACAGUUUAGGAGCGGGCUACACUGGAACCGGAAACGCGGGUUAAUACAAAAACGGUGACCUCGAUUCCUAAACAUUACCCCGUUUCCACAAUGUCACCCGGUAUGUGGGCGCGACGUUGAUAUGACCAAAGAUACACACUUGAUUAAUGCCAGCUCUUCAUGUUGCCAACACGUUGGCCAAUUCGUUGGCCAAAUAUUGGCUAAUAUGUCGGCUAGAAUUUACUGCGGGUUUUUUCAAGUAACCACAAUAUUCGCCACAUCGUUGGUCCAACGUGAAGGGCAACCAACUAAAUCAAAGAAACCAGGGCCAACCAGAAAUAUCACGAGAACCUAUGAAUUGUUUUUUUUCCAUUAUUAUUUAUUUAUUUAUUAAAAAAUAACAAAACAUAAAAAGGUAAAUUAAACGGACAACGACAAAAACCACAAAGAUUUGACUUAUCCUUGUUUUCACCUUGUUAUCAUUUUAUGGAUUAGCUUUUUCGAACGACUUUUUUUUUAAAUAGUUUCACAAAACAUAGCCUUAUGUUUAGUGGAAGAGAAAGGAAUAAUGAAGAAAUAAUGCUUAUUACGAGGUGAUGUUAACUUUAUAUAUUCACGAAAAUUUUAUAUAAUAGACUAGCGGACGCCCGCGAAUUCGACCGCCUUUAGAACUCCUUAAUCCAGCCCUCCCGAAAAAGUUCAUAUUGAAAGUCUACUAAUUAUAUACUACCUCCCUGCCAAAUUUUAACUUGGUACGUCAAGCGAUUUUUGAGAUUUUGUGAUGAUUUAUUGACCUUUCAAUUGGAGGACCUUUCAAUUAUUGGAUGUGAAGCCUGGACAGUAAAAGAGGACAUCAGGAAACGUAUAGAAGCGUUCGGAAUGAGGGCGUUUAGACGCAUGCUGGCUAUCAGUUGGACUCACAAAGUGACGAAUGCCGAAGUUCUGCGACGCGUCAAUCAGAAGCGUGAAUUUUUGCAGACCGUCAAGACGAGAAAGUCGCGUAUCUAGGGCACGUGCGAUACGAGCUUCUACAGCUCAUCUUGAUGGAAAAGGUUGCUGGUAGAAGAGACGUUGAUCGCAGGAAGAAGUCUUGGCUGAGAAACAUCAGAGAGUGGACCGGGAUCGCGAGCGCCGCACAAUUAUUUCGCCUCGUGAAGGAUAGA